AUGACUGAGCUGCAGGCAAAGGAUCCUCGGGCUCCCCACGCGACGGGCACCGCACCCUCCCCCACCCACGUCGGGUCCCCCUUGCUUGGACGGCUGGAACCCGGUCCCUUCCAGGGAAGUCAGCCCUCGGACGCGUCCGCAUCGUCUGUAGUCUCGCCUUUACAGAUCUCCCUGGAAGGGCUGCUCUUCCCUAGGUCCUGCCAGGGGCCUGAGCUCCUAGACGGAAAGACACCGGGGCAGCCGUCGCUGUCCGACGUGGAGGGAGCGUUCUCCGGAGUCGGAGCCGCUCGUGGGGCAGGAGGCAGCAAUCCCAGAGCCUCCGAGAAGGACAGCAGACUCUUAGACAGUGUCUUAGACACGCUGCUGACGCCCUCGGGGACCAAGCAGGGUCACACCAGCCCCCCAACCUGCGAGGCCAUCACUCCUUGGUGUCUCUUUGGGCCGGAGCUUCCAGAAGAACCCCGCAGCGUUCCCGCUACCAAGGGGUUGCUGUCCCCGCUCAUGAACCGGCCAGAGAGAGAGGCCGGCGACAGCUCCGGAUCAGGAGCCGGGCAGAAGAUGCUGCCGAAGGGGCUGUCACCCCCUCAGCAUGGGCUGCUCCCGGCCUCAGGGGGUGCGCCCUGGUCAGGGCCCGCGGUGAAGCCGCUCCCUCUGCCGGCCGCGGUGGAGGUGGAGGAGGACGGGGGCCUGGAGACCGAGGGCUCCGCGGCUCCACUUCUGAAGAGCAAGCCUCGAGCCCCGGAAGGCGCAGGCAGCGGCGGCGGAGUCGCAGCCAGCGCGCCCGCGGCGGCUCCGGGAGGCGUCGCCCUGGUCCCCAAGGAGGACUCCCGGUUUUCCGCCCCCAGGGUCUCCUUGGAGCAAGACUCCGCGGCGGCGCCCGGGCGCUCCCCACUGGCCACCACAGUGGUGGAUUUCAUCCAGGUGCCCAUCCUGCCUCUCAACCACCCUCUCCUGGCCGCCCGCACCCGGCAGCUGCUGGAGGGGGACGGCUACGACGGCGGGGCCUCGGCCCAGGGCGCCUUUGGCCCUCCUCGGGGCUCGCCGUCCGCGCCCUCUCCGCCGGUGCCCUGCGGCGACUUCCCGGACUGCACCUACCCUCCAGACGGCGAGCCCAAAGACGACGCGUUCCCUCUGUACGGCGACUUCCAGCCGCCGGGCUUGAAGAUCAAGGAGGAAGAGGAAGGCGCGGAGGCGGCUGCGCGCUCGCCGCGCUCCUACCUGUUGGCCGGAGCCGGCGCCGCCACCUUCCCAGAUUUCCCGCUGGCGCCGGCGCCGCCGCGAGCGCCGUCCUCCAGGCCCGGGGAGGCGGCGGUGGCCGGCGGCCCCGGCAGCGCGGCGGGGUCGCCCUCGCCCUCCUCGGGGUCCGCGCUGGAGUGCAUCCUGUACAAGGCGGAGGGCGCCGCGCCGCCCACGCAGGGCGCCUUCCCGCCGCUGCCCUGCAAGCCCCCGGCCGCCGGCUCCUGCCUGCUCCCGCGGGACAACGUGCCCGCCGCCCCCGGGGCCGCUGCAGCAUCCGCCAUCUACCCGCCACUCGGCCUCAACGGGCUGCCGCAGCUGGGCUACCAGACCGCGGUGCUCAAGGACAGCCUGCCCCAGGUCUACCCGCCUUACCUCAACUACCUGAGGCCAGAUUCGGAAGCCAGCCAGAGCCCACAGUAUGGCUUUGAUUCCUUACCUCAGAAGAUCUGUUUAAUCUGUGGGGAUGAAGCAUCUGGCUGUCACUAUGGUGUCCUUACCUGCGGGAGCUGUAAGGUCUUCUUUAAAAGGGCGAUGGAAGGGCAGCAUAACUAUUUAUGUGCCGGAAGAAAUGACUGCAUUGUUGAUAAGAUCCGCAGGAAAAACUGCCCAGCAUGUCGCCUGAGAAAGUGCUGUCAGGCUGGCAUGGUCCUUGGAGGUCGGAAGUUUAAGAAGUUCAAUAAGGUCCGAGUUAUGAGAGCCCUCGAUGGUGUUGCUCUUCCUCAGUCGGUGGGCCUCCCCAAUGAGAGCCAGGCCCUGGGCCAGAGAAUUACCUUUUCACCAACUCAAGAAAUACAGCUGGUUCCCCCACUCAUCAACCUGCUCAUGAACAUUGAGCCUGAUGUGGUCUAUGCAGGACAUGACAACACCAAACCCGACACUUCCAGCAGUUUGCUGACCAGUCUCAAUCAACUAGGCGAGAGGCAACUGCUCUCAGUAGUCAAAUGGUCUAAGUCCCUGCCAGGUUUCCGGAACUUACAUAUCGACGACCAGAUAACUCUGAUUCAAUAUUCCUGGAUGAGCCUGAUGGUGUUUGGCCUGGGGUGGAGGUCCUACAAGCAUGUCAGUGGGCAGAUGCUUUAUUUUGCACCUGAUCUAAUCCUGAAUGAACAAAGGAUGAAGGAGUCUUCGUUCUACUCCCUGUGCCUUACCAUGUGGCAGAUCCCACAGGAGUUCGUCAAGCUCCAGGUGACCCACGAGGAGUUCCUCUGCAUGAAAGUCCUGCUACUUCUUAAUACAAUUCCUUUGGAAGGACUGAGGAGCCAAAACCAGUUUGAAGAGAUGAGGUCAAGCUACGUCCGAGAACUGAUCAAGGCGAUAGGCCUAAGACAGAAAGGGGUGGUCCCCAGUUCACAGCGCUUCUAUCAACUUACCAAACUUCUCGACAGCUUGCAUGAUCUUGUGAAACAGCUCCACCUGUACUGCUUGAACACGUUCAUCCAGUCCCGAACACUGGCCGUCGACUUUCCGGAAAUGAUGUCUGAGGUCAUCGCUGCACAGUUGCCCAAGAUCCUGGCGGGCAUGGUGAAGCCUCUCCUCUUUCACAAAAAGUGAUGACUUUUCUUUGUCUUCUUGAAUUGAAUGUUGUGGCGUGUCUUCUUUAUUUCCUUUAGGAUGGUCGGGUCUUGUGUCUUUAUAAUGUUCUUCUGAAAGCCUUACGUGUAUACCUAUCACACUGUAAAUUUAUGAGAAAACGUGGGAGAUUCUGACUUUCCUUUGUAAUGCGUAAGCGGAGUUUUUAAAGUGUUUUGAGGGUUUAUAUGGUUAAAAAGUGGCUAAAACUAACUGUAUAUGUAAUCUAUAUCUCAUCUCUUUUAUUUCAUACUUUUCAAGUACGGAUCUUUAACUUUUGCAUCUAACAAAUCUUCUUUAGAGGAGAGAAACACCCCUACCUUUAGCAGGCUACCACGCAGGCUGCUGCUAGGUAGUUCCUUUGAUCUCGAUCCUUAUAUUUCCAAAACUGAACCUUUAAAAUAUCAGCCAAGAUUGUAACCUGAAACAGAUUUUCAAAGGGUUUUUAAUGAAAAAAAAAAAAAAAAGAAUCAGAAACAGAAAUAGAAAUGAAAUGAUGUUUUUGAGACGAGGCAAACAUUGUUAAGUGCUUGGUUGGAAGCAGAUUCAUGACAGAGAUAAUACCAGCCAUACAGUUGCUGUAACAUUGUUGAGGGUGGGUCUGAGGGAGAGGAUUCCUUAUUAGGCCUGUGACUAGACAGGGAAGUCAGGUCUGUUCUCUCACUGGAAUCCCUACUGUUGGCUGACCUUGCAAAGUCGGUUACCCCUUGGUAGUUCUCUGUCCUUGUGUUUUAGAGUGGUAUGACAGCAUCUUUCAUGAAAAAUGCUUCCUUGGGCCAGAUCUUAUUGGCAUUUUAUCAAACAAGGCUGGAAGGGAAGGAGAGAGAAAUAAAGGGAGGGAGAAAGGCGGGGGGAGAGGAAGGUAAAAUACCAUUCCUUUCUUGGAUAGUGUUUUUCAUCCUUGAAGGAAAUAUAGCCAAUGUAUCUCAGGUGGAAAAUAUUUUUAGUGCCUCUAAAUCUGAAAGAGAUGCUUUAGAAAUGGAAAAGUCUCAGGUAGAAAAGUUUUGAGUGCCUAUGACCCAACAGUGAGUUGUUUCAGGAAAUCUUAGAUACUUGCUUACAAUAAUACAACCAGGUACAGUUAUGAUAAAACACACAAUUCACUUUGCCAUUUCUACUUAAAAUGUUUAUUUGAAAUGCAUACACUAGUUCUUUUCCUAGGUUAGUCACUGGAUAUA